AUGGAAGGUCUUCUGCCUAUGAUGUAUAGGGCAAUCAAGAAACACACAACACGGAGGCAAUACCAGUGUCUUUCUCCAUCGGCAAGGGCUUUAUUAGAUUACGACUUCAUCAACAUCAACAUGCCUCGUCAAGAAACUUCAAUACACAAUAAUAAUGCGGUUCUUGUUGAUGAUCAUCAUCAUCGUCAACGUGCUCGUGCAGACAACUAUGGUAGUCAUCAUCGCCGAUUUAAUUCUACUGGAGAAAAUUUCUAUGAUAGGUCCUAUUCCACUAGAGGCCCUGCUGCUGAUUCAAAGCAACUUGUCAGGUUUCGCAGUCACAGAAAACUCUUUUCUUGCGUCACUGGUUAG